UAUCAUAUUUCAUCUCCUGUUGGGAACUCUGUUGACGAGUUGCGCGUAGAUACUCUCCAGUUUUAUGAAUUACCGAAUAACAAGGCCUUCGUCGCUUUUUUUGAGAAUUAAGAAGUAUAAAAUACAGGCAAGAUUUUUAGAUCCUCGAAGGAUUAYUCUCAAAGCCCGGCAUCCGACGUAAACUGAAGAAUUUGUUUACGUUUCUUUGACAGAACGAGCAAGACAACGUCAAACCAUAUGAACAGUUAAGUCSUUCUCAAUCAUUUAAUUGGUUCUGAAUGUCUAACUAAGAUAUUCCUGGAAGGGUUGACUCAAGGCUGAUGAACUAAUUAUCAAAUUGGAGUGUCCUUUACAAGACGACGCAAAGAAAUUGCAGCAUCGGACGUAACCAUGSCUCCAGAUGGAACCCGACACGAGAUGCCGAUGGUCUUAAGUAUACUGUUUCAWCAAUGAUAAAAACUCCUAAAUCCUUAACAUAAAACCUUGGAUUCUUACUCCGUAAAAGCUAUUUGUUCCACUGUUGUUGUUGGGCUAACAAGUUCUAAGAUUCUUCCAUCGAACCGRACUGUCACGUUCGCAGUUACGUGAAGGAAUUUGAUCAAGUUACCACUACAKCUAGUAAGCACUACAGAAAAUCAUGGCGUACGAAAAGUCUGUUAUAAAUAUCGAUAUCAACUUUGAAAAUGAACCUUUCAUGGCAAGUAAGCCUCAGAGACCAAUAGUACAGAAAAAAGUCCCUAAAGAUCGGAUCACGGCUAUACAGCCCAGUACUGAUGCUGAGARGACUUCUUAUGAAAUCGAGAAAAGAGUUUCUGAGGUGCAGAAGUUUCGGCGAGAGAGCCAGAGUGCUGUGUUGGCGCCUUUGUUGGUCAAGGCGUUGAUCAAGAAGACUUACGACAGGCUUGAUAGAAUACAGGAACGAAGCGUAAGCGCUCUCGGGCCUUAUGAGAAGUUCCAGUGGGCAACAAAAGUCGUUCAUGUUCUUGUUUCAUCSUGCAUGAGAUGGCGAAGGUACAAGGCAACUGAGAAUUCAAAGAAAAAUCCAGAACGUGGAAGUCACGGCACCCCAAAGAGAAAACASAGUGGUAUUGGCUUUGAAUCCAAGACAUUUAAAGAAAAAAGCAAGAUUUCCGAAGAACUGAGAGAAAUUUUAACGUCAGUUCCAAGARUACGAUCCACGGAACAGCUCAAGAAGGUUCAAAGGCUAUGCCGCAGUACUCGAGCCUUUAUGAUUUUCCCUCUAGAACGUGAAAUGGAUCUGGCACGCAAUGUAGGAUACGAAAGGUAUGAUAACGGUAGAGUCAUCGCAUGUCAAGGGCGUCCACCAGAACGGUUCUACUACGUGCUGUCUGGAAGAAUCAGUAAGAUAUGCACSUACGAAUUGGCAGCCGGAGUAACGAAGAUGUCGUAUGGUGAACUGAUGCAAGGAACCACCACAGAUCCUCACGAGUUAUAUGAAGGCACCUUAAGGAAUUACUCGUUGACGUGUAAAGGAUCUGUAGAAGUCUUAGUCCUUGACAGAGAGGAUUUUGUUGAUCUCAUGACCACCAAUCCAGACCAGGGUCUUCCUAUAGACUUCUUGAGAUCUAUCGAGUUGUUUCGAUCUUUUCCUGUAGAAAAAUUCAAGGAAGACAAAGAUUCCAUAACAACAAAAUACUUCGCGCGAGAUUCUGUAAUUGUGAAGGACAGCAGUGAAAGCCCUUAUUUUUACAUUAUAAAAUCAGGUCGUUGUAAAGUGGUCCGACAGCAAGAAGUAUUAGAUGUAACGAAAUCCUCCAAGUUACCGAGCAUAAUAAAAGUCAUCAAACCACCGUCACGGACAUCUCCAGGAAAGAAUCCAACAAGCCUCUUAGAGCUGACAAAAACCAUAUCUGGAUCCAAGGAUGCUAUUCUCGAAAAAGCGAAGAUGCGACAACGCAAAAAACGAAGCAAAUCSCAACCAAGAGUAGACGAGGAUGGAAUAAUUACAGAAAACGACGAACAGAAAAUACACAGAAAUCCAGACGAUUACUACACGCAGCUACUCGGGCCAGCAUGUGAGACAGAUCUCUUCAAGAGAACUUCAGAAUUGGAUCUUAUUAGACGAGCAGCGGAAAAUGACAAGACUAAAAUGACUAAAUGUUCAGAUCCGAUGAAUGUUACACCGACAAGAAGAGCGUUGUUACAGAUCGCUGUCCUCAAACCUGGAGAUUUGUUUGGUCUGGAGUCAAUGAUGCCCAAAGUUGCAAACAAAAUAAGUUCUGAGAUUAUCCAAGAAAAAGCUGAUCCUUCGGCAAAAAAUAUUAUACUGAUAAGCGAAGGAGCUGAAUGCGUGAUGAUUAACAAAAGGUUCUUUCUUCUGAACGCUAGCAUUACGACUCUCGUCCAGCUAAAAGCAUUGCGAGAAGAGUACAUCUCAGUAGAGCAAGCCCGGCACCAAAUUCAAAGUCAACAAGCAUGGAACAUGUACAAAACUGAUAUCAUCAAAACUCUGGCUUACAAACCCAAGCGAGAAAGAAGAUGACAUUCAGCUUUCAUUCUCUAUAUUCACGUCCAGGCAGUUCCCGUCGGUUCUUUCGCUUGUAUAACGUCCAUACAACCACAAGAGCGACGAGAAGAACCACGCAUACUACCGCGAUACCAAUAACCAGCGGGUUCACAAGACCCUGAUUGUCUUUAUUCAAAGAAUCGUUCGU